AACACCGUGUGAAUUCUGCAUAAAGUCAAAAUGUCCGCGUGACGAUCGGACAGAAAGAGCGGAACAUGGCGACGUAGUGCGGCGCAAGUUGUUUUUAAUUUCAUCGUUUACAAGUGAUCGGCGUCCGUGCAAGCGAGAUUUCAGCUUACCGCGCCGAGUGGCAUCCGCAGCGUGACAUCAAUCGUGGCAAUAUGAAUUACAAUCACUCGAACCCGCGCCGAGUCGAUUUGUCGGCAGGAAAACCAAAAAGAUUAUUGGAUCCGUCAGCUGGCUUAUCCGCGCCGACUCCUCCAAUGGCGCAGAAUCCGUACAUGUAUAGCCAACAGGUGCCCGUGAACAAUGGUACAAUGCCGGAAUAUGGUUUCAAUAUGUCUGGACAGGCACCACCUGGGUAUGGAUUUAAUCCACAGAUGUCGAAUUAUCCGCCCAGCGAGAACCAAGGAGGGGAGUUUGCGAAUCCGCAGUAUGCUGCGCAAUUCUUGGCUCAGCCAGUCGUUACAGACAUGGCUAUGCAAUACGGAAACGCAUUGGUCGGUAGCGGAAAACAGCAUCUCGAGAAGUAUGUGCCAGUUACGGCGUUAAAAUAUUAUUUUGCUGUAAACACCGAUUACGUCUUCGCAAAAUUAAUGCUGCUGUUCUUCCCGUUUACACAUAAGGACUGGACUGUUAAGUACGAACAAGAUGUACCGUUGCAGCCGCGAUACGAGACCAACGCGCCAGACAUGUAUAUUCCCACAAUGGCGUUUUUCACAUAUGUUGCUACGGCAGGUCUAGUUUUAGGCAUGCAGGAACGUUUCACCCACGAACAACUAGGUAUACUAGCUAGCUCCGCUCUCGCCUGGGGCUUGAUCGAAUUGCUCGUUCACACCGUGAGUUUGUACGUGAUGAAUGUCCAAACGAGUCUAGCGACGUUAGACUUGCUGGCGUAUUGCGGUUACAAAUAUGUCGGUAUUAAUGCGGCACUGUUGAUAUCCUUGCUCUUUCGGAAGUUUGGCUACUACGUGAUGCUAUUGUACUUCAGUGCUUCUCUAGCUGUCUUUCUAAUGCGAUCGUUAAAAUUAAGAGUCAUUCCACAAGGCCAUAGUUCGUACACAGCCUCCGGUAACAAGAGGCGGCUUUACUUCAUACUGUCAUUGGCAGCUAUGCAACCCGUUCUAAUGUGGUGGUUGUCGUAUCAUCUGAUUUAAGUGGUAAAUGCGAGGAAAUUUUAUUCGCAACAACGAGAAGGACAAGAACGAGGAGGUGGAACGUGUGUAUUUAUUAUUUGGUUAUUAAUAUUGCCUGUACAUUUUUUGUAAUAAAAUCCAACACGAUUAUAUUACCACUUAGAUAUAUAUAAUGCAUCGAUUCGUUGUUCUGAUUAAGUAUAAAUGCAUUUUUUUCUGGAUAUUAUCUUCUAAUGAAUAUUAAUAUUGUUGGAACAAGACAUAAUUUUAUAAAGACGUUAAGGAAUCUUGUGAGAAUCCCUUGAAUAAAUUUUUCUAUCAAAUGUA